CCUAAAGGCUAGUCUCAUAAGUUAGCAACUCUAUUUAGGCGCCUACCAUCCCAGGAUACCAUCCCACGCACUUCUCUUCUAAAAUCCAUUCCUCUUUUCAAUCUAAUACUUCCUGUCCUGUUCAUCAAAUUCCUUUUGACAAUUCAAUCUCAUUCAAAGAGUGAUAAGCACAAACUUCCAUUGAUUUCCCGUUACCAUUUCGUUGUUACAUAAUUCCAAUAUUAAGAUAGUCAAAAAGAAGUUGAUCAUUGGUGCCAUUUCCCGAUACAAAUAUCGGGUAAAAAUCAAAUUGUUAUUUUGUAGAUUGUUUGAUCGGGGUUGGAAAAAUGGGGCAAAGUUCAAAGAAGAAGAAGCGUAAGAAUAAAGGUAGAGUUGCUUCAAAAGAUGUUGCUUCACAAUCUGCUGAUUAUAGUGAACUCAUUUCCGAGGAACUUACUGCUUUGUCUGCAAUAUUUCAAGAUGAUUGCAAAAUUGUUGCAGAGUCUCAUCCACAAGUAAUCAUUAAUAUUAGACCAUACUCAAAGGACUCUGGAUAUGAGAAUUUGGAUGUUUCCGCUUACUUAAGUGUGCGGUGUUUACCUGGGUAUCCUUAUAAGUGCCCUAAACUACAAUUAACCUCGGAAAAAGGUUUGUGUGAGAGUGAUGCAAAUAGACUUCUAUCGCUUCUGAAUGAGCAGGCAAACUCUAAUGCUCGAGAAGGACGCGUGAUGAUUUUCAAUUUGGUGGAAGCUGCUCAGGAGUUUCUCUCAGCACUUGUUUCGGUGGAUCCUUUGCAUAAUCGGGUUGUGUCAUUUGAUGGAGACAAUGACACUCAGUUGCCUACUUUAGAUGGGACAAAAUCUCUAGAAAAAAUCGCUUCUUCUAAGCAUGCCUUUGUCUAUGGUUUUACGGAUCUUUUUAGUGGUCAUGAGGAGUCUUAUAAUUGGAAUUUUGGAGCAAAUGAUGGUGGCAACCUAAGCUCUUCAAUGGUUUCCCAGGCCUUAUCUAGAUCAAAGCAAAUAUAUGAAGGCGUUGAAAAAAAUUUCAAACAGAAAGAAAAGAGUAUGAGAGAGGAUAAUCGAUUUUCUGGAGUAGUUUCCAUGCAUGCCAAAUUGGAAUCUGUUAAGAACACCAGUGAAGAUGAAAGUAAGAGUCUAUUAACAACUGAUUCAAGUGGAUCAUUCUCUGAAGACUUGGCUGUAGAGCAAGACAAGAAGUUUGUUCUUUUUCAGGAUGAUGUGAAUGAUUACGAGGGAUCUUUCUCGUCCUUUGAUGACAUUGAUGAUCAGGACACAGGGUCUUUGAAGUCGUCUUAUUCAUCUUUAAUGACUGGUCAAACAUCCCAAAAUAUCAAAAAAGAUCUGAUCAUGGCUCAUCUUAUGCGCCUUGCCUGUGGUUCGAAAGGCCCACUUGCAGAGGCUUUGCUCAAGAUAGCAUCUGAGCUGCAUAGUAUGGGGAUUAUUUCAGAAUGGACACGAGACAUUGCAACUGACUCAUCGAAACUUUAUAGCGAGACUUUUGAUCGUGUUUUCCAUCAAUAUAUGAGAACUUCAGAAAUAUCGGACUUCUGGAAGCCGGUGUCAGAAUUUGAGGGACAAGAGUCAUCUCAACAAUAUUCCCGGUAUCUUAGUGACUUUGAUGAGCUACAACCACUCGGUCAUGGAGGUUUUGGCCAUGUUGUGUUGUGCAAGAAUAAGCUUGAUGGUCGGCAAUAUGCUCUAAAAAUGAUUCGUCUUAAAGACGAAAAUCUACCAGUUAAUGAUCGUAUAUUAAGGGAAGUGGCUACGCUUGCUCGUUUACAACACCAACAUGUUGUUCGUUAUUAUCAGGCGUGGAUUGAAAUAGGUGUUCCUGGAUGCUUGGGAGACAUUAUGUGGGGUUCAAAGACUGGGAAAAGCUCUACUUAUAGUGGCAAGGAUGGCAGUAUGUCUGACAUUGAUGGGCAAGAAGCUAUGUUUAAAUCACCUUAUCUUUACAUCCAAAUGGAAUACUGCCCCAGAACUCUCCGUCAGCUGUUUGAUUCAUACCGUCAUUUUGACAAGGACUUAGCUUGGCAUUUAUUUCGUCAAAUUGUUGAAGGUUUGGCACACAUACAUGGACAAGGAAUUAUUCAUCGUGACUUGACGCCAAAUAACAUAUUUUUUGAUGCUCGCAAUGACAUUAAAAUUGGUGAUUUUGGUCUUGCCAAAUUCUUGAAGCUUGAACAGCUCGAUCAGGACACAGCUCUUUCUUGUGACACACCAGGAGUGUCAAUUGAUGGUACAGGUCAAAUUGGUACAUACUUUUACACUGCGCCUGAAAUUGAGCAAGGGUGGCCAAAGAUUGAUGAGAAGGCGGAUACAUACAGUUUGGGAGUUGUAUUUUUUGAGUUAUGGCAUCCUUUUGGCACUGCAAUGGAGCGACACAUUGUUCUUUCAGAUCUUAAGCAGAAAGGAGAGCUUCCUGCGGCCUGGGUUACUGAAUUCCCUGAACAAGCCUCCUUGUUACGACGACUCCUGUCUCCUAUCCCAGCUGACCGUCCAUCUGCUAUGGAAUUACUGCAAGAUGCUUUUCCUCCUCGGAUGGAAUAUGAGUUAUUAGAUAAUUUUUUACGCACAAUGCAGACUUCUGAGGACACAAGUGUUUAUGAUAAGGUUGUAAGCGCAAUCUUUGAUGAAGAAAUGUUGGCUUCUAGAAGCAGUCAUCAUCAUUCUGGAAGUUUGAAGUUAGCAGGCGACGUGACUUCUGUUAUACAAUAUUCAGACGUAGAAACUGAACUCCGUGAUUUUGUAGUAGAUUCAAGUAAAGAGAUAUUCAAGCGGCACUGUGCAAAGCAUUUGGAGCUUAAACCAUUGCAUUUGGUAAAUGAUGUUGCAGCUUCCAACAGGAGUAUUGUAAAGCUUUUGUCUCAAGGUGGAGACAUGGUUGAGCUUCCUCAUGAGUUACGCUUGCCGUUUGUUAAAUGGGUGGCCGCAAACCAGAAAUCGUCUUUUAAAAGGUAUGAGAUAUCAUCAGUAUACAGGAGAGCAAUUGGCCAUGCAGCACCAAAUAGGUACCUUCAGGGUGACUUUGAUAUAAUUGGAGGUACUUCACCUCUAACAGAAUCCGAAAUAAUCAAGGCAACACUAGAUAUUUUGAUGCAAUUUUUCCCCCCAGACUCAUUAGAUAUUCAUAUGAGUCAUGGUAAUCUACUGGAUGCUAUGUGGUCUUGGGCAGGAAUCAAAGUUGAGCAUCGUCAGAAAGUAGCAGAGCUCUUAUCUAUGUUGGGUUGUCUACGUCCUCAAUCUACUGAAAGGAAAUCCAAAUGGGUAGUCAUUAGGCGUCAGCUUCUUCAGGAGCUUCGCCUUGAUGAAGCAGCUGUUAAUAGAAUACAGACCGUAAACCAACGAUUCUGUGGAGAUGCUGAUCAAAUCUUGCCCAGAUUGCGAGGAGCUUUUCCAGCUGAUAAACAUAUACACAAGGCUCUUGAUGAACUAUCUGAUCUCUUCAGCUAUCUUAGAGCAUGGAAAAUUGAUAAGCAUAUUUACUUGGAUUCGCUCAUGCCACCAUCCGAGUACUACCAUAGAGAUUUGUUUUUUCAGAUAUACUUGAGAGAGGAAUCACCGGGAUCAGCACUUGAUGGCACCUUGCUGGCUGUUGGUGGUCGUUAUAAUUAUUUACUACAUGAGAUUUGGGAGCGUGAACAAAGAUCAUUUCCACCCGGUGCAGUUGGGACCAGUCUUGCACUAGAAACAAUUAUCCAACACUCUUGUGUUCAUACAAGACCUAUCAGAAGUGAAGGUGGUGCAAGUAUUCUUGUAUGUUCAAAGGGCGGGGGUGGUUUGCUAGAAGAACGCAUGGAGGUUGUGCAAGAAUUAUGGGAAGCCAAUAUCAAGGCGGAGUUUGUGUCAUCAUCUGAUCCAAGUCUUAAAGAGCAGUAUGAGUAUGCAAAUGAGCAUGAUAUCAAGUGCCUAGUCAUUAUUACUGAUUCUGGGGUUUCUCAAAAGGGUUCCGUAAAGGUCCGUCAUCUGGAACUCAAGAAGGAGAAAGAGGUUAAAAGAGAACAUCUUGUGAGGUUUCUUACCGAGGCAAUGGCGUGUCAAUUUAGAAUUUUCAGUCUCCGAAACUGAGCUUGCCCUGUCAAUGUCUACUCCCCGCAUUUACCAACAGGAAAGUUGAGCUCUGGAAGCUGUUCAUAAUAAGCCAAAGGUAAAAAUGAUUGCAAGUUACGCUGUUGGAAUCUUUGGCUUCAUCCGCAUCUGCUACAGAUUUUGACAUAGAAUCUUUUUUGACCAAUUGUACAUAACAAGUUCCUAAGGAUUUGAGCAGACACUCAAAAUUUUGAAAUUGUUUUUUGAAAUUGUUACAUUGUGUUACACGAGAAAUUAAGCAAUUAAGCAAUUAGGUCUUGUUAGUCAAAACAUGUACUAUUUUUUAGAUAAAGUCUUGGGUUUUAUCCUCAUAGCUCUUCCCUCCCCUCCUCUAAGUCUACUCUGUAAUUAAAAAAACAAGUAGAAAGAUAUAAGUCAAAGAUGUUGGAUUUACAGCUAAUAUGAAUUCAGUUUAACUGCAAAA